AUGGGAGGAGGAAAUGGGACCACUGUGAUUCAGUGGAAACCAGCCCAUCAUUGGGGAAGUGAAGGGAAGCUAGUGGUGGUGGGCGACGGUGCGUGCGGGAAGACGUGCCUGCUGAUCGUCUUCAGCAAAGACGAGUUCCCCGAAGUCUACGUGCCCACCGUCUUCGAAAACUACGUGGCCGACAUCGAGGUGGACGGCAAGCAGGUGGAGUUGGCCCUUUGGGACACGGCCGGCCAAGAAGACUACGACCGCUUGCGUCCUCUCUCCUACCCGGACACCGACGUGAUCCUCAUGUGCUUCUCGGUGGACAGCCCGGACUCCUUAGAGAACAUCCCGGAGAAAUGUGUGCCCGAGGUGAAGCACUUCUGCCCCAACGUGCCCAUCAUCCUGGUGGCCAACAAGAAAGAUUUGCGCAACGACGAGCACGUUGGAUGGGAGGAGGAAAUGGGACCACUGUGA